ACUUUUAUAAAAGUACGUACGUAUUCAAUCCGUUUGAAAUUGAACGACAAAACUGACAUUCAAACAUAAAUCGAAGAAACUUCAAAAUAAAAAAACGAUAUAAAAAAACGGUAUAGCUUUGAUGAGUCAGUUGAUCGUAUUAACCACUUAUAUUUCAAAUAUAAAAUGCAAUUAAUAUAAAGUUGAACAUAAAGUUAAGUAAAGUGGAUCAUCGUAAAGUGAUAGUAAAAUACAAAAAUGGAUGAUAUUUCUAAUUUAAUUCAAUUUGAGAGUUUCGAACUCGUAGAUUUACCGGUACCAAAAGUUUAUAAAUAUCCUGUUCAUUUAUAUUAUGGACAUUUAAAAAACAUUAAGACGGCUGAAAUUUAUAAAAACAAACUGUGUUGUAAAAAGUGUUUCGAAAUUAAAAAAUUAAAAACUUAUCGUUCUAUGAAUCAUGGCGUUUAUGAACACAUAGAAAAAAUUCAUCAAAUUAAAAUCCGAAAUAAAGAGCCACCGAUGGAAAAAAAAAAAGAUGUUCAUUCGGUAUCUCCGAAUGUUUCGGAAAUAUGGAAUAUGCCUUCAUCGGUUGCCUCAACUUUAAUAAGUUAUGAAAAAGAAAUGGAAAAAAAUCCUACAACAUCGGAAAUAGACAAAAUUUUAGGCGAAGGUGUAGUUGCUCCUGAUAGUUGUAUAACAUCAACAUCAAGUGCAAUAUCACCAGCACUAGUACCAAAACGUAAUGAUAAUACUGAUGUGGAUAUUGUACCUGAUGUUGAUGCUAUACAACCAUUGGGAGCAAAAGAAAUUAAUGAAGAAAAUAUGAUCGAAAUACAUGAAAAAAAUAAUGCCGCAAAUGGAGGUGCUCUUCGAAAACGGCUACUUGAAAACGGCCGCGAUUUUGGUACUAUAAUUGGGCGUUGGUUAGGCGAGCUACCUAAAAACGAUCAACAACAAUUAAGAAUUUUUCAAAAAAUUCAAAAAGUAAUAAUGGACGAAUGGAACUAAUGUUUUUUUUUGCAAAAUAACUUAUAAAAUAAAAA